CCUGGUUUUCGCGGAGCGGCAUCGUCCAACUGUUCUUCGUUCUUCCUCAGUGUUGCAAACGUACCCGACAGGUGCAGGAGCGGCUCGAGUACGGAACGGCCUGUCGCAAACGCGCGCCCGUCCAACUUAACACACGCCGUUCGUUCUUCAUUUGCUAACUGUUAUUUUUUCAUACGACCCAGUCGUAUCAACGAAAAUCGCGAUUCGUGCAGGAUUUUGUUCGAGACGUGCCACGCGACUCUGUGAUGUGGUGGUGCGAGGGCCGUAGGGCCAUCUCGGUUUUAACCCUUGGACUUAUUAUUUUGCUCCAGAAGCAGGGAGUGACCGGUGAAAAAUCGGCAUGCAGAUUUCCAGGUGCCCCCGCCCAUUCCUCAGUAGUGUUCUCCGAUGAAAACCUCGGACCCGGUUCGGUGGCCACCUACACCUGCGAACGAGGCUUCGAACUGUUGGGGCCGUCCCGCAGGGUGUGUGAAGGCGGACAAUGGUUACCCGAAGGAAUACCAUUCUGCGUUCUGAACGUGGCAGCGGGAAAGGCGCCGAUGCAAGUCAGCACGGAGGCUGGAGGAAUACCGCAAAAAGCCAUCGACGGCAGUACCAGCGCCUUUUUCAGCAGCGAAACCUGCACGUUGACGAAGGCUGAAAAAACACCGUGGUGGUACGUCAAUCUGCUGGAACCGUACAUGGUGCAACUUGUCAGGCUGGACUUCGGCAAACCGUGUUGUGGUGCUAACAAACCUGCCACCAUAGUUGUUCGUGUGGGCAACAAUCGGCCAGACUUGGGCACGAAUCCCAUUUGUAACAGAUUCACUGGAUUCUUGGAGGAAGGACAGCCCUUGUUCCUGCCGUGCAAUCCUCCGAUGCCUGGAGCGUUCGUCAGUGUGCAUCUGGAGGCGCCGACGGCCAGUCAGUUAUCCAUUUGCGAGGCGUUCGUUUACACGGAUCAAGCUUUACCGAUUGAAAGAUGUCCCCAGUUCAGGGAUCAACCGCCGGGCAGCACGGCCACUUACAACGGAAAAUGCUACAUCUUCUACAACCGGCAACCUAUGAUGUUCAAGGAUGCCCUGGCCUUCUGUAGAAGCCGUGGUGGCACCUUGGUCGACGAGAGUAAUCCAGCUUUACAAGGUUUCAUCAGCUGGGAACUGUGGAGGAGACACCGCAGCGAUGCCAGCGGCCAAUAUUGGAUGGCGGCCGUCAGAGAUCCCAAGCUUGGUGGAUGGAACUGGCUGAACGGCGACGAAGUCACCGUCAGUUUCUGGAAUUUGCCUGUUGGAAAUGGCGAAUGCGCCAGAUACGACGGAACUAAAGGAUGGUUGUGGUCCGACACCGAUUGUAACAUGCAUCUCAACUACAUUUGUCAACACCAACCAAAGGCCUGUGGCCGACCGGAACAACCUCCAAACUCAACAAUGGUGGCACAGGACUUUAACGUAGGCACCACCAUUGAAUACACCUGUGACGAAGGGCAUCUUCUGGUGGGUCCGUCCAGCAGAACGUGUCUUGAGACUGGAUUCUACAACGAGUUUCCGCCGGUGUGCAAACGCAUACAAUGUGGUUACCCGGCAGAUAUAGCUAAUGGUGAGUAUCAACUAGUAAAUGACAGCGUUGGAUACCUUAGCAGAGUCAUAUACACAUGCGACGAAGGUUAUGAGAUGAUUGGAAGGGCACAACUAGCUUGUGAUAUUGAUGAGAGGUGGAAUGGACCACCACCACGAUGUGAACCAAUAUUGUGCGAACCACCUACAGAAAUUCCUAAUGGAGUCAUUGAGAACCCCAAUAAUGAAACUUUGUUUGGAUCAACAGUAGAGUACGAGUGUAAAACUGGCUACAAGCUUGUGGGUCCCAAAGUUUUAACUUGUUUGGCUAACGGUCAAUACGACGCACUCCCUCCAACUUGUCAAGAAGAAGUUACAACAACAACUACAACUACGACAGCCGCACCAGAAGUACCAAGAACUACCAGACUACCAACCACAAAAUUAAGAACACGUGCACCUCGUCCAUCGCCAACAACCAUCAGAGCGACGGAAAUUGUGAAAGUGACAAAAUCUCGAAGACCAACAAUAAGAACCACCCUCACUACAACCACAACAACCACGGAGACCACCAACUCGCCGUCUAUAAUCAUCGCAGCUGGUCACCCACAGGACAAUGAAAUUGCUGGAAGCUCCAACAUCCAACAUGGAGAGGUUCCCAACGUGAAUGUUCCCUUGAGCGUUGAUGGUGAAAGACGUGAAACGUUUGGUGCCAAACUGAACGUGGGAGCCAUCAUUGCGCUCGGUGGUUUUGGCGCGUUCGUCUUCCUUGCUGCUAUCAUCACUACCAUCGUCAUUUUAGUGCGAAGAAAUCGAAGUGCCAAACAUUAUCGUCAUCGCGCAUCACCCGAUUGCAACACAGUCGCAUCGUUCGAUUCCUCCAGUUCAGAGUCACGUAACGGUUUAAACCGAUAUUACAGACAGGCCUGGGAGAAUUUGCACGAAUCGGCUGGAAGUAAAACGGGGUUGAAAGCAAGCGCAUCUAAUCACUCGCCUCUUCGACGAAAGGAGACCCUUGACGAACCGUACCGUGGCGAAAGACAUCGCGACGGAUCUCAACUCGUCAGCGAGACUUUUAAUGGAGCUAAGGCGGCUGAGAAGAAACGACAUCACCACCACCAUCAUCAUCACGACGGAAGGCCUCAGAAGGACGGGAGGGAGUGGCGCGAUUCAAGACCACCCCCGCACCGCGACCAUAAGAGAUACUGACAACCUUGU